CUGGCGGCUUGGACUGAGCGUUCCUGUUAUUCGAGAAGCUAUUGUCAUAGGGCUAGUUUUAUCCGUUUAAAAGCAAACAAUGGGCCUGUUCAAACGGCUGGAACUCGUUCAUAACCAAUGGCAGACGAUUUUCUCGAAGCAGUGGCAGCAGAGCUUUCGCAUUCACCUUCUCCACCGAGGUGUGCCUUUCCAUCAGAAUCCCAACUCGGAAUUCUGUUUCUUCUUCUCCCAACACAAACACAACCCACUAACAUCAAAAGAUUCCUAACUAUCACAACACUCUCUCUAUUGUCAACUAAAACCUUCUUACUCUUUUUUUUUAAAAAAAAAUAAAUAAAAAGGCACUUCUCAAAGCAAGGUAACCGAGACUCUAUCACUCCUAGCAUGACUUCAGCCCUAACAACCGAACUUCAGCUAUCCCAAACACAGUACCAUGUAUCGACUCGUGGCCAGAAAGCCCCUCAACCGUGAGGUUGAGGCAUGCGAUAUCCCUUCCAAGGAUGUCGAGAACUUGGUUCGAGCCCUAGAAGAUUUCGAGCUGGAACAAGAUCAGUCCUUCGAGGACUGGGUCGAAAUAAUUGACCACGCUACCCCCAAGACUACUCGGCCUGCAAAGACCUCAUCCGUGAAGACCACCAACAAGGCUGCCAAACAGGAUUCUGCCGGUGUCAAGGAUACGAAGGAGGAAGCUAUCAAGGAGGAGAAGCAGAAGGGCCCCGUCCCCGACGACGCUGUCCUUACCAAGGGUCUCAAGUUUGCCCGCCUCGCCGGAAACGUUAACAAGUAGACGAAGAGUCUGUAAUGUUGUGGUCAAGUUGGAGGAUCGCGGGCCUUCAUUUUUGUUGUUGCUCUUUUGGGUCGGUGCUUGAUGUAUGAAAAAGGGUUUGGCGAUGUACCAUAGCAUGCUGUGAGCCGACCUGUCUAGCUAGGCGUUCUGCUCCCUAGUCUAAUCAACCCAUACUGCACUUUGCGAUAAAGCACACGGCUGGUUAUCAUAUUGUUGAGGUUAUCUCAUCCCACGUCUCAUACAAAGCCCCUGCGCACUUCGCGCCUCGGAUAACACCCAACCCGUAGACCUCACAGUAGAACUGUCGCCAAGGACCAUACUGGCACCGUAAGCUUGCAAACUACAGAGCUCGACCCUGAACAGACUUUUUACAGGUCACUUAACUCGAAGCGUCGAUCACGAGCUUUUCGCGUCCUACUUUGAUGACGCGUUC